CAAGCGGGGCGAGGAAUACCAAUUUACUGUGCUGGUCUAGAGAAAAUAUUUAUUCACUGUCUGUUCUCUGUUCUCGGAAAGCUGCCAUAAAUUGAAAACUUGGACUUAAUUGAAAAAUUCGAUUAUUAACAUGAUUCCCGUUGCUGAUGCGGUGACUGGGCUGAUAAUCAAGGCGCAGAAAGUGUCUAGCGACUUCAAUGAUUUGAUACAAAAGACAACGUGUCUAUUGGCUGACUGUGAAAGUGUGGACAAGAAGUUCUUCGACUCAUGUGGCGUUCAGGAAGAUCAAUUGCUGAAGAACUUGGUCAAAUAUUGCAAUGACGAUGAACGCAUACAGCAGCUGCUCGAGAAUGCGGAGCUUAAGCAGACCGUGGAGGACUACAAGGAGGGCGUCAAGAUAAUAAUGGAGAAGUUCAGAAAGCAUUGCCAGCAGAACGUACUCGGCGAGAGAUUCAAUCUGCGCCGCAGAUACGUUGGCCAGCUGCAGGAGAUGGUCAAUAAUCUGGAGAAGCGGAUCGAGGAGAUGACCCUGAUCAUGCUGUGCAGCAUUAGCGUGGAGGAGCAUAACAGCAACGAGAAUCAGCGCAUCAUCCGACAGCUGACCAAGGAAAAUGACGAGAUGCGACGCAAGCUGCAGAUAUACAAGAGCUCCAAGGGUGAAAGCGAGGAUUACUUCAAGCAGGGUCUGCCGGGGCAGGAGGACUGCGGCACACAGAUCGAACUGGGUGAUAUUGAGGAAUCGGACUCAUGCAGCAUCGAGAGCUUUAGUAGUUUCGUGACCUGUUUCUCAUCCACCAACGAAUGCCAGUCGACGGACAACUCAACCAAAAGCGAUGUCGAUUGAGAGGGGACAUUGGAGCACAUUAAUUCAUUCACGUUAGCUCACAUUGUGUUCUAUAAUAAACAUCUGUCAUUUACCUGCUCAA